GUUUUUAACACAAACAUAAUGUAUGUAAUGGAACAUAUAUCACAUGAUUUCGGGAAUAUUAUGCAAGACGAAAUCAAAUAAUUACUCUAUGUUGUGCCAUGAGAUUAUCUUUAUAACUCACAGUAUGAUCAGCCAUCAUCAGUGGUGCAAUGAGGCAACAAUUUUGAGGGGUUCAGCACAGGAUCGGAGGCCUGUGCUCCGUUGCGCCAGCUAGUCCCAAAAUAUUUUCAAAUAAAUAAAUGACUUUGUCAUACAUUUAAGGUGUAAAAUUAAUGAAAUUGAAAACAAAACAUAUCGUCGAAAAUCGCAAAGAAUAAGGAGGCCAUUAUUAUAUAUAACCCUCGAACAGGCCUGUUCACAUCACCGUAUUCAGAAGUGAUGAUGUAUUUUCAAUUUUCAAUUUAUGCAGGCUAUAUACUCGUCUACUGAAUAUUUUAUGACACAAUACAGUUUUACGGUGGUGGACAGUACUAAAGGAUUUCAUUUCCGAAAAUCUUCAAUCUGUUUGACCGAUCAAAAUGCUUAUUUGGCACCUUCAACGAUUUCCUCAGCAUGUUUUCAUCAUACCAGCAUUCAUCGCACUUGUCUCCUUGACAGGCCUAAUUGCAGGAAUGGGUUCAGAAAUCGAGAAAAGGACGCGACGGGAAGUAUCAGAAUCGUUGAGUUCACCUGAAACUAGCUUGGUCAUCCUGCCUGGAGGAGUUUCAUGUCAGUCGAUUACAAAUUUGGAUGGGACCAAAAUACAACUUCUACCCAAACUUAUCUUCGUAAUACAAUCCCAUCUAGGCCUAUCGGUUCAGCAUCUCAUUUGCCGAUUACCUGAUUGCUACAAAAGCCCAUGUACGAAUGGUAAUUGUGAAGAAACAAAUGACGGACACAGGUGUGUUUGUCCCCAAGGAUCAAUAGGAGGAAGCUGCGAAAUGAUUGACCCAACUACUACAACGUCUGCUACCAUUACCAAUAGGCCUUCUAUGAGUAGUCCUAUACAGGAUGCAACAACAUUGUCUGCGUCAGAAUUCAUCAGCACACAAAUUACAACGACAUCAAUCUCAUCGAAUGCAAAGAUCUUUGUUACAGAUAUCGGGGUAGUAAGUUAA